ACAGUGCCAAAAAACGAUAUAGGAAAAAGACAGUAUAGCUAACUGCUCACUCCCCCUUACUCCUUACUAAUUCCUAUGCUUUUAAGGCUUAAUCCCCUUAAAUCCCAACAUUAAAAAUUCUUGUAUUUUAAUGGCAGCUCCUUAAUCUUGUUUUAAUGUCUACUAAAUAUCUUACUAUUAUCAUGGAUUCAUGGUCACAUUCAUACUCACCCACCCACUGGAUCACUCAUCAUUACCAUUUCAUUGGUAGCUGAGUUUAUGUCUUUAUGAGUUGUGUGACUUGCAUCAAUUUGCUCCUCGGACCACACAAUAUUCUACCAUAAAGUUUAACUCUUUCUUCAUUUUGAGUUGGGUUUGCUUUUCUUUUCCCUAUUCUACUCUUUAUUUUGUUGUAUUUGAUUCAGAUUCUGAUCUAUUUGCUGCAAUUUUACUUGAAUAUUCCCAAAAAUGUAACUUUUGCAUGUUGCUUUUGUUGGGUUUUCUUUUUUAAAUUGGUUUUUGAUGUUCAUUUGCUUUAUUCUACCUUUUGAAUAUUAUUAGUUCAUGUUCUCGCUUUAAUGGAUUCUUUUUGUGUAAUUAUUGUUUAUAAUUUGGCUUUUUGAAAAAGCCCAAAACCCUUGAUUGUCUUAACAACUUGUAAAGUUAUGAACUUGGGAUUUUUGUUUCGUGUAUGACUUUUUUUUGGCUUAUCUGGGAAUUGGGUGUUUAAAAUGAAGAAAAUGGAGUCAUUUUGGUUGGUAAUGUUCUUCUGGGUGAAACUCACAUUUGGGAGUUCAGACUUGAAUGCACUUUUGGAGCUUAAGAAAGGUAUAAAAACUGAUCCUUCUGGAGUAAUAUUAGACUCUUGGAGUGCUAAAUCAUUAGCUUCUGAUGGAUGUCCCAAGAACUGGCAUGGAAUUAGUUGUAGUAAUGGUAAUGUUGAAUCAAUUAUGCUUAAUGAUGCUGGUUUAAUUGGAGAGUUUGAUUUCAAGACAUUAUCAAGUCUUAAGAAUCUUCGAAAUCUGUCUAUUUCGAAUAAUCAAUUAUCUGGGGAUAUCAUGGAGGUUUCUAACCUUAAGUCUCUAGAAUAUUUGGACCUUUCGCACAAUCGUUUUCAUGGAUCAAUAAUAUCUUCUAACUUCACUCAAUUAAAGGACUUAAUGUCUGUUAAUCUGUCCAUAAAUGACUUUGAAGGCCGAAUUCCAUCCGGGUUUCUUAAUUUGAAGAAAUUGAAGUACCUUGAUUUGCACUCUAAUAGAUUUUCUGGUGAUAUUAUGAAAGUUAUCCGAGAAUUGGGGGGUCUUUCUAUACUUGAUCUUAGCUGUAAUCAGUUUGAUGGAGUGUUGGAUAUUGGACUUGGAAGUCCUAGCUUCGUUUCCAAUGUUCUGUAUUUUAAUGUCAGCCAUAACUCUCUUGUGGGGGAGCUCUUUGCUCAUGAUGGAACACCAUUUUUUGAUAGUCUUGAAGUUUUUGAUGGUAGCUAUAAUCAGUUUAAUGGUACCAUCCCAUCGUUCAAUUUUGUUGUCUCUCUGCGUGUUCUUCGACUAGCAAACAAUAUGCUUUCAGGGACUCUUCCGGAGGCGCUUUUGCAAGAUAAUUCAAUGGUCUUAUCGGAACUGGAUCUUAGCCAAAACCAACUCGAAGGGCUUGUGGGAAGCAUCACAUCAACGAGCUUGAGGAGCCUAAACUUAUCUUCGAAUCAAUUUUCAGGCCCCUUGCCGCUAAGGAUUGGGCAUUGUGUCAUCAUAGAUUUAAGCAACAAUAAGUUUUCAGGAAAUCUCUCAAGAAUGCUAAAUUGGGGAAAUAAUAUAGAGGUUGUUCAUUUAAGUUCAAACUUUUUGACCGGGAAUUUCCCGAAUAGAACUUCUCAGUUUAUGAGACUUGCUUCACUCAUGAUAUCCAACAAUUCACUUCAAGGGAAUCUUCCACCUAUUCUUGGCACAUACCCUGAGCUAAAACUUGUCGAUCUUAGCUUCAAUUCCCUAAGUGGUUUCCUGCCAAGUUUGUUCACAUGGACAAAAUUGACUAGUCUCGAUCUGUCACACAACAAAUUCAGUGGGAUUGUCCCUCUUCAUGAAGGAUCCGAUGUUGAAAAUUUGGCUUCAUACAAUUUCAGCUUAACGUCAUUGGAUCUAUCGCAUAAUAACUUAAGUGGUGAUAUUCCUAUAGAAAUGAGCAAUUUCCGCAGCUUACAAUAUCUCGACCUGUCGUGCAACAAUUUCAUGGGUAGCAUUCCCAACAAUCUAUCAGGGCAGCUGACUGGUCUCAAUGUUUCUUACAAUAAUCUUUCUGGUAUUGUGCCGGAGAAUCUGAGGACGUUUACAGAUGCUUCUUUUCAUCCCGGUAAUUCCCUUUUAAUAUUCCCUGAUUCCCCAUCACCCGGAAGUAGCUCAAGCAUUGAUCCCAAAAGGCGUCAUCGUUCCCUUCAUCAAGUGGUCAUUGCAUCGAUUCUUGCUGGUUUGAUUGGUGGUGGUGCUUUUCUGGUUCUUUUCUUCUUGAUAAUGUAUUACAGAAAACACAUGAAGAAGGAAACGGUCAAGGAUGGGAUGGAUCAAAGUGAGAUAAAGGAUAAUAAGAGCUGGACUUCUUCGCUCCCUAGUACAUCACCUUCGUUGAAAAGUAUUGAUCCAUCGUUAAAUUCACCUAGCUCAAAUCAGGGAGCUUUUAAUACAUCGAAGAUGGGAUCUGCAACUGCAAUGAGCAGCUCUACAUCCAAGGCUGCAAAGAGCAAAGAUAUUGGUGAAAUAUCUUCGCCGGUUUGCAUCCUUUCGUCUUCAAAUCAAUCGCCUCUUAAGGGACAGAGUUUAUUCCAAAAUCUUGGUGCCGCGAAAAUUGGUUCACCUGAUAAACUUGCUGGGGAUUUACAUCUCUUUGAUGGGUCUUUAGUGUUUACGGCUGAACAGCUCUCGUGUGCGCCAGCUGAAGUCAUUGGGAGGAGCUGCCAUGGAAUGCUAUACAGAGCUGCACUUGAAAGUGGCAAUGUUCUGGUUGUGAAAAGGUUGAAAGAGGGGAUAGCGAAGGGAAGAAAAGAAUUUGCUAGAGAAGCUAAAAAUCUGGGAAGUGUAAGGCAUCCGAAUCUGGUAUCUCUACAGGGUUACUACUGGGGUCCAAGAGAACAUGAGAAGUUGAUUAUUUCGAACUACGUAAAUGCACCAUGCCUAGGCAUCUAUUUACAUGGAUCAGAUCGAAGUCAAGUUCCAUCCUUGCCGUUACAGAAACGGCUUAAAGCAGCUAGAGAUGUAGCGCAGUGUUUAGAUUACCUACAUAACGAGAGAGCCAUACCUCAUGGCAACCUCAAGUCUACCAACAUUCUUAUACAUCCUUUGCAAGAGAGUGUGGUUGUCACCGACUAUGGUCUCCACCGUCUAAUGACACCAGCUGGUAUUGCAGACCAAGUCCUCAAUGCUGGAGCACUCGGCUAUCUGCCACCCGAAUUCAUCAACUCAAGCAAACCAUGCCCAUCUUUAAAGAGCGAUAUUUAUGCUUUAGGAGUGAUUGUGUUGGAGCUUCUAACCGGAAGGAGUUCAGCUGACAUUGUUUCUGCAAAUCAAGGCUCAAUCGACUUGACAGAUUGGGUGAAAAUGUUGGUGGUUGAAAACCGUGCCAACGAGUGCUUCGAUAAAGCCGUCUUAAGUGCUAACGUCACUAAAACUGAAUUUACGGCACUUGAUAGAAUGCUACAAGUUGCUCUUAGAUGCAUUCUCCCAGCAGCUGAGAGACCUGAUACUAGAACAGUCUUUAAUGAUCUUUCAUCCAUAGAACUAUAGAAAUUAGCUGGUCAAUCCAUUGAUUUCCCAUCAUCAAAUUUCAUUCAGUUUUGUAAAUUUUGUUGCUUUCCUAAUUGGGAGGCAUUGGGUUUUUUCUAUUAUUUGUGUAAUAAUUUGUUUUCCAAAAAACAAUAACCCCUCUUUUUCUAUCAAUUUGCACAUUGAUUUUCCGAUCA